AUGGUAAAGAAGCUGUUGACUCUGCAAAGCACAGAUUAUUCUGCGGUGCUCACACCCUACCACGACAAUGGCCUUUUUGCCAACGUCCUCCAGGUGUGCGAUGCUCUUCUUUUGACAAAGCCAGGACUGCCGGUCUUGGUGGACUGGAAGCGGAAGGGAGCUGAAGGCCACUUCCAGUAUGGACCCCAGGGCUUCGAUCUUUUCGAGCACCUCUUUGAGGCCAGCGAUCGCUGCCGCUCUGCCCCUGCAGCUCCAGCUGACGGCCUUAGCAUGCCUGGACGCAUCAACUGCCUCUUCAUGAACAUGCUGCGGGGCUACUUCUGGUCCUUGCCGGACGACUCCCUGAACGAGCUUCGCUUGCGGUAUGCAGCCGCGAUGCGCGUUCUUCAACCCUCCCAACACGUGCAGUGCCGGCUGGAGGGGUGUGCCUUUCCCGUCGAAGAGGACACUUGUGUAGUGGGCGUGCACAAGAGGCUGGCUUGCUCAGAGAUGGUUGCUUGCCAGCUAUCGCAGCGCGCUCCUUCUUGUGCAGAGUUCAUCGCCAAAGCACGGAAGAUUUUCUCCGCAAGCGAAAAGACGCGAAAGCUGGUCUUCCUGGCCACGGAUGACAGCCAGGCUGCCGAGGACUUCCAGCUUGCCUUCCCGACCUGCGGUGACGUCCAGCUGUGCUACCGGAGCGAGGUGAAGCGAUCACAGGGUGGCGUUCGCGAGGAUGGUGUCGACAAUGAGGUGCACCGAAAUCCCUGCGUGGAAGCUGAUGCAGAAGAUGCCUUGAUUGAUGCGCUGUGCUUGUCCAGAUGCCAGCAUCUGGUUUGCGUGGACUCUAACUUGGCCAUUUACGUCGCGCUGCUGAACCCCAGCAUCCAGCUACACGCGCUCAGCAGUAUCCUCCCUGAGGGCUGGGAGGAUGCCGCCGGGGUGCCGGAGGAGGACGUGUACGCCUCCUACGAGGUAGUCUUUGCGCCGAUGGUGUUCGUUCGGAAGGGCCCGAGCACGGCAACAGAGCUGAUGGGGGCUCGCAAACCUGGGGAGAUUGUCCACUGCACGGGCCGCUGCUUCGAUGGCUGGGUUGAGCUGGAGGAAGGUGGUUGGAUGCUGGUAGAUGGUGCGCGUGGUGGCAAGCAGAAUGCUGCAGCAGGAACGCUGCUGAAGCCAGUGGGCCAACUCUUGACAACACCCCAGCCCGCGACAGAAAACAAGCGAAUCGUUCCGCAGUGCACUUCAGCCAUCCACGAUGUUUGCAACUUUAUCGAGGGACGGCUGCCGUGGCUGCCUGUUGCAGAGGCCUGGCAGUCGGCUCGAGAGAUUUGGCUUGCGCUGAUGUGCGAGGUAUCUGCGCUGCAGCAGCAGGGCGGCAACCUUGAAAUGGCAGAGGCUACGCUGACAGAGGUUCUCACUGAGGUGCCCAACUGCAGUCGCGCGCUACUGAGACGCGGCUUGAUCAGAGAGGCGCUGGGCAACCUGCUGGGUGCCAGGCAAGACCUUUCCUGCGCUGCAGCGGAGAACUUCCUGGACACGCAGGUGCAGGCGAGCCGUUAUGACACCCAAGUCCUACGUGAGUACUUGCUGGAGCAGGAGGAAGGCAGCACGAGGCAGCGGCAGGGCGAGGAAGCGGAUCAAGCGACUCUACCAGAUGUGUACGAUCUCAGACAGCGGUGCUUCAGAAGGAUCCGUGCGCUGUUGGUGGUAAACUUCCUUGCGUACUGGUCCACUCUGAGCUACUGUGCGUAUUCCUUCUACCUUCGCGUGGAGGAAGUCGGCACGAAGGCCCUCCCGCCAAUGGAAGUUGCUUUGGCGUGUGUGUUCCUCCUGGGAACGCAAGCUACCUUGGAAUUGGCCGCUGCGGUAUGCUUAACUCAGCCUGUUCGGCUGGGUGAUGGCAGGAGUAAUGCCUUCAGCAGCUGGGACGUUCUUGCAUGGCUUGCUGGCGCAGGGGCUCGCUGCUCGCUGCUGCUCGACGCGCUCUGCUUGCCGCUCAUGAAGCGGGGGUCCAGCUUGCUGUUUCUGUUGUCCGCAAGCACCUUUGCUUUUGCCAUUGGUGUAUUUGUCUUUGCAGUCCAGUUGCGGCUCCUGUUUGGGAUGUUCUGCAGCAGGGACCAUUUUUCCUAUGACAAGCCAGACCUCUUCUUCAAGGGCCGGGAUGGCAGCGGGCUGAUGGAAGGUACGCCCAUAGCGGCCAGACCUCCAGCUCAUCGCGAGGAGGAGGACACUUCCGACCUGCGGCUCGGCCGAGCCAUGCCUGUGAACACCAUCAAGGCUGCGAACUUCGCCCAUUUCAACGAUUUGGCAUUGCUGCAUUUGGUGCUCAGACGGCACUAUCUGCCAAUCAGCUGCCAGGAAACACAGGAGUUCACCUUGUCGAUUACCUCAUUUUCACGCUGCUUUUGUGAAGAUGUGGUUCAAUGCAGCCUGAAAUUCUUCUUCAUCAUGGAUUGCCAGGUGAACUUGCUCAUGCUUUUCUCGCUGCUGGUGUCGAUCGGGCAGGCUGCCUGUGCUAGGUCGUUGCGUUUGCUGCCAAAUUGA